CGGAACAUGCAAUAUGCGAGUGUAUUUCGCGUUAUCGUAUUACGUCCUGUGGAUGUGAGUGAUGUUCCGUUGUCUGUUGGGGUGUGGUGCCUAGAUUUUACCUGAAAUUUCUUCACCAUAUCAUCGGAAAUUCUAACCAAAAUCACGGACAUCUUUUUUUCCCAGGCUGCUAGACUUAACUGUAUCAGCAGGAUUUAAGACAGGCUGGAAGGAGUGGACAUAUUUCCGAGUUGAGAUUUUUUCAGGGGACUGGCCGUGCGUAAAAGCGGCUCACAGAUUGAGGCCGCACCGAACGCUUGUACCAUUUCAAAAUGGGUUGCGCAACGAGCGCAGAAGAUAAAGCCGCCGCUGAGCGGUCAAAAGCAAUCGACAGAAACCUACGAAUUGAUGGUGAAAAGGCUGCAAGAGAAGUCAAAUUGCUUCUUCUAGGAGCUGGAGAGUCAGGGAAGAGUACAAUUGUCAAACAGAUGAAGAUCAUCCAUGAAGAAGGCUACUCCGAAGAAGAUUGUAAGCAGUAUAAGCCGGUAGUAUACAGCAACACCAUACAGAGCAUGAUAGCCAUCAUACGGGCCAUGGGAUCCCUCAAGGUAGACUUCGGUGAUGGCGAGAGAACGGAUGAUGCGCGGCAGUUGUUCGCCCUGGCUGGCCAGGCAGAGGAAGGAGAGCUCAGCCCCGAGCUAGCCGCCGUCAUGAAGCGGUUAUGGGCAGACAACGGGGUCCAGGGCUGCUUCAGUAGAUCCAGGGAAUAUCAGCUCAAUGACUCGGCUUCAUAUUACCUUAAUGCUUUGGACCGACUUGCCGCUCCGGGCUACAUCCCCACACAGCAAGAUGUGCUCCGGACAAGAGUGAAGACCACCGGUAUCGUGGAAACCCACUUCACUUUCAAAGACCUCCACUUCAAGAUGUUUGACGUUGGGGGCCAGCGCUCAGAGAGGAAGAAGUGGAUUCACUGCUUUGAAGGAGUGACGGCCAUCAUCUUCUGCGUGGCUCUGAGUGCCUACGACUUGGUACUAGCCGAGGAUGAAGAGAUGAACCGCAUGCACGAGUCCAUGAAGCUCUUUGAUUCCAUCUGCAACAACAAGUGGUUCACCGAAACCUCCAUCAUCCUGUUCCUCAACAAGAAGGAUCUGUUUGAGGAGAAGAUUACCAAGUCCCCGCUCACCAUCUGUUUCCAGGAGUACACUGGCUCCAACACCUACGAGGAGGCGGCUGCCUACAUCCAGAUGCAGUUUGAAGAUUUGAACAAGCGCAAGGACCAGAAGGAGAUCUACACCCACUUCACCUGUGCCACGGACACCAACAACAUCCAGUUUGUGUUUGACGCCGUCACCGACGUCAUCAUCAAGAACAAUCUCAAGGAUUGCGGUCUGUUUUAGAAGUCAGUUUGAUUAGCAUAGGCAGGGACCGAUAGACCAAGGAUACCGCCAUUUGAAGUAGGAUCACGUCCAUGCUGGGUCCAUGACGACAGUUGAGUGGUCUAGCUCAUGGUCACUCACUUUGCAGCAGCGUUACAUGUAUGUCUCAAUCAGAUGUGCACCUUCUUUUGGCCUUGUCUCGACGCGCAACGCUUCAACACACACAACUCCACGGAACCAGUCUGCUGUUUUCGCGCGUGUAGGCGUUUGAGUGUUUUACAGGAGCCAUCUUAUCUUGGCCGAGACACUGCGAUGCACUUUGUAAGGAUUUCUUAAGGGGGACCUGGAAUUUCACACGGAGUAACUUUUAGAAUGAAUUUGUUGACUGCACAAUCACAGUUUUGUAAAAGUGGACUCGUAUCAAAUCGUGGAGCCUUUCUUUUUCUCUUUUAAAUGCGUUAUCACGGUGUUCUUGUGUCUCUUCUAUGCCUGCAUGUGCACGGAUUAUGUACAGAAUGAGUAUGACCCUGCUAUAUUAAAGAUCACUCCAAAAUGGCGCAUUAAUUAUUCUCAUGUAUAUUUCAGCGCUGCAGCUAAGUUUUGAAAAUUUUAGUUUCAAUCAGUCUUAAUUUGUAGCUAUGGGGAAAGAUAUUUAAAAAAAAAAAAAAAAAAAGUAGCAGCAUAGUACAUGUGUAAAAAUGAAGCCGAGUCCACUCCGGCUUCCAAAGUAUGAAUUAGUCAAUUGGUCCGUCAAGUCAUGCUAAGGAAGAAGGGAAUAAACUAGCCUCAUUUUAAACAUUGUCAAAUAAAAUGAACACCAAAUGAGUGUAAAAUAUUGACAAUCCAGACGUUGAGAGCGUGAUGUUUUUCACAGUGACGUGCAUUUUGACGAGCAAAACUUGGCGUGAGCAGCUUUCAUCAUGAAUGAGAGCAGCAUACUUUUUUUUCCCACCCACAAUUUAUUGAAUAAUGCAACAGGAAACUUCAUUUACGGAUUGUUCCUCUUACACUGAAAGAGGAAAGGCUUACUUUGCUCACACAAAUUGCAUGUCAGGUUGUGUUUAUGGCUGAUCAACCAAUUCGCAUAAUAUUACUGAGUACAGUAAACAGAAUUAACAAUCUAGUUUGCUUCACCGAUGUAUAAUUGGAAUUGUACAUGUAGAAAAGGUUGACCUGUACGCAUACAAAUAAUUUGAUUGAAGCGAAUGUUUAUUUGCUUAAGGUUAGUACGUCAUUUGAAAAUAUUUACUCAGUUGUUUAUUGGAGUGAACUUUGUUUAAAAGGGGACCCUUUUAGAAAACUGGAGAGAGGUGGUGUACAUUUAAAAAAAAAAUUAUUGAAGAAUGGACCAGGUUUGUAAAUGUACAAUUGUACCCAAGUGAAGAUCAAUGAUACACUUUCUUGCUUGAAAAUAAUUUUACUGCUGUUUCCUUUCAUUUCUGAGUUAGCUUAAAUUGAUGAAGGACACUAAAAAAAAAUCAGAAAACUCUUGAAAACCAGUAGAGAUUUACAAUAUGUAAAUUGUACUAAACAGGAUCAUGACAUUCGUAUUUCCAUAUCUUUUUGGAGAUGGAAAGUGCAUGUCAGGUAUAGACAAAUUUUAGGAUUUAUUCUUCAGUAAGAAAGAUCUUGUGUCUUAGGUUCAUGUAGUUGAAGUUGUAAUGUUGGUGGCACUGUGUGUUUUCACAAAGUAGACUUUUUUUACUGAGCCCACUACAUGUGCACCUGUUGUGAUUCCGUGAUAACCGAAACAUUUCUUGGAGGUUUGCACUUUUAAAAACCUAAAUCCUGAAAUUUGUGUACUAUUGUUAUUGAAAAAAAAAAGUGGAGUAUUAACAAUUGACUGCUUACGAGUGCCUGGAGGUCCGUACUCUAGUUUGAAAAGUAUUUAAAAAAAAAAAAAAGAAAGCUGAAACAUUAUUUUGAGAUUAAAAUUAAUUAGAAAUGUUACAAUGAACUACAGGAGAUAAGUGUGACAACAGAACAGCUGAAUGGUAAUUUUAAUUGAUACGGAGAUGUUCAUAUCUUGGAGACAAAAACAAAAACAGACAUAUUAUAAUUGUGAUCUGGUGCAGUGUUUGUGGUUUGAAUGGUGUAGUGCUUGCUUGGAAGAGAUUCAAGCGAUCAACCCAAUCCGCUCUUGUGAACCUUUUGUCUUUUAUUUCUGCUCCCGAAAUAACCAGUGUACAGCAUUAAGGCGUCCCUAGUCAGCUUCAAAAUCGUUAACUCCAAUCACCCGCCAUUUAUUUGACCAAGAUAUUUUAAAAAAAUUUCUUUCCCCUUUGUGUUGUCUGUGUGUGGUUUUCCACUGUAAUAUAUAUACAAAUUUAUUAGUGCGUUACACCCAUCUCUGACAAAUUGCAAGCAGUGCACUUGACUUAACCAAAAUUGUGUUUCACAGAUUGUCAUUUUGGUUUUUCUAAAUGUAUAUUUCAAAAUUAUCCCACUUGUGUAAAUGUAUGUCAUUUAUAAGCAGAAUUGGUUUUGUGAAUUAUGUUCAUCCUAGCCUCAGUAAGGACACCAGCUGUAAUGUGCAAGAGUAUAUUAGGAGUUAGUAUUAAGUUAGAGUAAAUAAAAACGACAUUACAUUUAAUAACAUUUUAUUGAUGUGAAUAUCAAAUAUGAAAACUUUGUGGUCCAAAAUACUUGGUAACUCUUCUGUAGAUUGACUAAAAAUAAACUUUCGAUUUUAAAUCCGUUAAAAAAAAACUUAAAAUUUUUGAGUGAAAAGGUGUACGGAUACAGUACCUAGUUUAAAAGUUGGGCUUUCACACUUCCAUUGGCAUGGUAAGAGAAGCAUUGUGUGCUUAGUCAUUUCUUUGAAAUAAAACAAUGCAGGAAUGUAAAAGGUUUAUUUAGUAAAGUCGUUGGGGGUUCAAACCAUGCAUUGCUGGGAUGUAGUGUGCAGUGUUUUCUUCUCAGACUAGGUGUGAAACAAUCCUUGGGUAGACAAGGACUUGCCGGUUGGUCUAGGACAUGUCAGUGGCCAAAGAGAUUGAAGAUUGACAGUUUCCAGUCUUUCUUCUGUUAGAGGAAUGGAGAUUGUUCUGGCUGAAAUAUCCUUUUCAGUACUGAAGCCAAUUUCUGCACACAGCUGGGACUGAUUGCCCUGUGCAGUUGUGGCCCUGUGACGGCCGAUUGGAUCGGUCAGCUUAACAGCUGUGCCGACCCACACUGCCCACUUCCUACUGUACCGACAAAGGCAGCAGACUCGGCGGAAAUGACUAGAACUGCCAUCGUAAACCCUGUUAAUAGGGUAGAGCACCUUGGAAAGUCUCUGUCACUGCAUCCGAAAGAGUGAAGAGAAAACGAGGGGGGGGUGCUGUUCUCCUGAAUUAAAUCUAACAAUUUAAAGCAGUUUUUAUCAACUUUUUUUCAGCUUCACUUUGCGUAUGAAAGAUUUAUUUUAAUCAAAUUUUGAUUUAAAAAAAGAAAAAAGUAUGGUUAUUAAGUAUCUUUCAGCUAAGAUUUAUCUUGGUCAUUGUAGGUAGUUUCAGAUAAUUGCAAAUACAUAAUUAGAGGUACGUCAGUGAUGUGAAUCAUCCUUGUAUAAAGCCUCUGUCCAGAGUUGAGCCCACACAAUUAAUGAUGUAUCAGGCCCGGUGAGAAUCAUCCGGAACCAUGACCUUUGAAUUUAAUGGACCAAUGCGAAACGAGCUUUAAUAUAGGGGAUGACGAGAGCUAAUUAGCAUGACGAGAGCUAAUUAGCAUGCGCAGAGCAUGCAUGUUUCCCUUGGCAGGAAUUUUAUUCUGGUGCUGCUGGAAAAAAUACAAUAAAUGAGAAAAAAAUACGGCCAUUGUAGUACUUGGAUUUGGGAAUGGAAAUAUCUGAACCAGUGAAAUCCAGUGAUAUUUAAGUUAAAUGUUCAUACCGUACAUGUAGGCCAUCAAUUUGAGAUUUCAGUUCCUGUUUCCAACUGGAUACAUGCUUUUGAGGGGUGAAAGAGAAGCUAUUGUCAUUACCUGUGUGUAAUUCUUUUGCAAUGCCUACCUGUACUUGAUGUAUUUUUUUUAAUUAAGCUGUGCAUUUAGAACCAACAUCCCAAGCCACCAUGGACCCUAUCAGGGAACCUUUGUACAUGUAAUUAAUUAAUGGAAGUUCCAAGCAUGUUGGUUUUAGUCUUAUUAUGAAUGCGUAAUCUGUCAGUUUGUGAACAAAAACCAGUGUAGCUGUAGUACAUUUCAAAUACAAUGGUACCACAUACAA